AUGCCUUCCUCCUGGUCUUUGCAUAGAAAGCCGUUACCUUUACCAAGAAGAAAAGAAACAUCAAUCCUUUGCCUAACUAACAAUCUUAGAAUACCGCCAAUAGGUAUUCUUUAUAAGUUUUCACAAAUGCAAUUAAAAUUUACUCUCUCUCUCUCUCUCUCUCUUAUGGCUUCUGUUCAAAAUUCUUUAGGAUCUUACCUGGGCCAAAACAGGAACUUCAAACCAUUGUCUAUUGUUCAACCAGGCAAUGCCAGGCAUUCCAUCAAUCUAGUCACAAAACAGCCUAACUCUAAAGCCCUAUUUACACAACUACGAAUAGAAGGAGAGAAGAAGCACUCGAAUUAUGGCAGUAAGAUCAAAGAUGGUGAAUGGAGGGUCUGUUGCAGUAAUGAUGGGUCAUGCGGGAUCGCUCCCCAGUGGUCCACGCCUUCUGUAUUAGACUUGAUCCAGGAUUUCUAUAGUGCCAUAAAUGUCAAGGACACCCAAAAAUUGGACCAACUUCUUUCACAUGAUUGUGUAUUUCAGGACCUCAUAUUUUACAUCCCCUUUGGUGGAAAACAGAGUGUCAUAAACUUUCUGCAAGGUUUGAUGGAGGCAAUGGGGCAAAAUGUUCAUUUUGUCCUUGAUACUUUGAUGGAAGGCGAGAAGUUAACUGCAUGUGUAACUUGGCAUCUAGAGUGGAAGGGAAAAGAGAUACCAUUUACUAAUGGUUGCAGUCUCUUUGAAUGUCAACAAGUUGAUGGAAAGCUUAUUAUCAGGAAAAUCACUGGAGUAGAAGAAUUUCCAGUGAAGCCUGGAGAUUUGGUGCUGAAACUGUUGAAAGCAGUAAGCAGUGUUUUUGACAGCUUCCCCUUCGCAGCUGAACAGUUGCUGACAGGAUCCCAGGGAACACAUGAGGGACUAAUCAAGCUUCUAGAAAUGCUUGGUGCUUAUAAGAAGAACUAACCCCAAGAGUUACCGGAAUUCUGCUGUUAAUUUGUGCCUGCUUUUACAGAACCUGAAAAUACUGGUGCCAUGCCAACGUAUAGUGUAGUGUGUACUUGUCAUUGAUAUAUUUUCUACUACCGGAAUGCUUACAAUCCCUUGAGAACUUUAUCAAGCCAAGGCUAGCACCUUUCAGUUUUAGUAACUUUUACUUAAGCAUGUACAUAAAAAAUCUUCUUGUCUCACUCUUCCAUAUUUUUGUAUCUCAUUCCUGGUGCAUGCGGGUGAGUACAAGUACAAACUCAUUGUCA